AUGGCGCGCAUUACGGACUUACCACCAGAGAUCAUAGAAUCCAUCCUUUGGAGUCUUGACAGUGUUCGCUCACUGAUUGCAGCUUUGCGCAGCUGUCGCCGUUUCUAUGCAUUCGUCCAGCAGAGCGAAAAGAUUGCGACAGGAAUUCUCAGAAGGAAAAUCAGUCCAGCUAUCUUGCCCUACGUAGCGGCCUUAGAAGCCUCCUACCUCUGCGACGACUUCCCCGAUGUGAUUCUGAAACUCAUCGAGCCUCGCCAUGACGACCCAGAUGCGCCUUCUGGCGAGUCCGACGAAUCCAAUUCCGAAUCCGAAGUAGAACUUGAAGAUUUCGAGGAGCCACUCGACGACAUCGAGGGGUCUCUUGACGAAUUUGACGACUUCGACACAGAGAGUUCUGAUUCCUUCCCUGGCCGCCGCGCCUUCAAGUUCGACUGCUUCCUCGCAGCCCGCAAACUUCUCAAGAUGCUCUAUGACCAGCCAUCCGCCCUCGUCGAUAUCAUAUUACCACCAGUCCCGAUCUUUGAUCUCCAUGUUGUUGAGCGCAGAUACGACAAGUUCAGUAAAAUAGCCACCGACUUCGCUGGGAGGUGA